CUGACUACAAGAUCCGUGAUUUGCGCUGUCAUCGAUUCAAACUCACGUUGGUUAAUAAUUGUACAGCCAUCACUAACGUCAAUGUCUCAAACAGCCCAAAUCGCCGGCUAUCAGCACGAAGACGCGUGGAAUAUCGACUGGUUGCGCGUUGACGAUGUGCAUGAAUUGCACUAUCAGCAGUAUGGCAAAAGAGAUGGAAAGCCGGUGAUCUAUCUUCACGGCGGCCCAGGUGGCAAUUGUUCCAAGGGCAACACUGCCUUCUUCGACCCUGCGGAAUAUCGAGUGGUUCUGCUCGACCAGCGAGGCUGUGGUCAAUCUCGACCUAACGCAGACACUACCAACAACACCACCUGGCAUCUUGUCUCUGAUAUUGAAGCGCUGCGGAAAUACCUCAUUAUCCCCAAGUGGCACGUUGUCUUUGGCGGCUCUUGGGGCUCUACCCUUUCCCUCGCCUAUGCGCAAACCCACCCCGAAAGUGUUGGCAGCCUAGUCCUACGCGGCAUCUUCACUGUACGGGAUCUUGAGCUAAAAUGGACGAAUUAUCCGGGCGGUGCUUCGAUGCUUUUCCCUGAUCGAUGGGACGACUUUAUCAACUUUCUGCCAGAGGAAGAGCGCUCCAAUCAUAUUGCCAGCUACCAUAGACGGCUCAUGUCCUCGGACCCUUCAGUCAGCCUCCCGGCAGCCACAGCCUGGAACACAUGGGAACUCUCUAUAAGCAUGCUCCGUCCCGACCCCGACAUUGCUCAGAAACUUAAGGAGCCGGCUUAUUUGCUGGCACACGCAAGGAUCGAGAUCCAUUACUUUACGAAUGGCGGGUUCAUGACAGACGGACAACUGUUAAAGAAGGAGAACAUCGAUCGCAUCAGGCAUAUCCCGACAACAAUUGUGCAAGGCAGGUAUGACGUGGUAUGCCCACCAAUAACAGCCUGGGAAUUACACAAGAUGUGGCCGGAGAGCAAGCUGUAUUUUGUGGACGAUGCUGGGCACAGCGCCACGGAGCCCGGGACCAAGGCAAAGCUGAGAGAGGCUUGUGACGCAUAUCUCUCCGCUGCUUCGUUCCCGUUCGAUAUCGAAGGAGGCCCGCCGCCAAACCCCGUCCCUAGCACUGACAUUACGCUCAACGCGCUCGUCCAACAUGGCGUACAUAGACUGGAUUGCGAUCGCGCAUUCCUCUCCCUCAUCGACAAUCGAAACCAAUACAUAUGCGCCGAGAUGACCAAACAUCAAUCUCUCACGAGCCCGGACCCGACACAUCCUCUUCUUCUGGGUACUUCACAUAUCGCGCUAGAGUGGGGAGUUUGCCCGUAUACCAUGUCUAUAUUCCAUGGAAGACCAGUGGCUUUACCCGACAGCCCGUACAUUGUCGCUGACAAGUCGUACUUUUGCAUAAAAGACUUCCGCGAGGUGCCCAUGUUUGCACCGCGUCCAUUCGUGGCUGGUUACCCGCACAUGGUCUCUUACAUGGAGGUCCCGCUAUGCUCUAUAUCAGGACAUAUAUUGGGUAGUUACUGUGUCGUCGACAACAAGGAACGCGACUUCUUGGAUCCCGCGGCAUUGGCCACCCUCCGCGAAGUUGGCGAUGCCAUUAGUUCCUACCUUAAUCUGAAACGCGUCGAAGCCGGCAAAUCGCGAUCAGAGAGGAUGAUGGAUAGUCUUCGCCAUCUUGUAGGCUCCGGUCGGCUCGAAGUCACCCCAAAGUCUGGCAUUAUAGAGCCCAAGGCAGUUGGGCAAAGUCCAUUCCAUCUUGACGUCUUUAGUUCAGCAUCACAAAGAGAUCUUGGCACACGAGACUCCGAUACAGUAGCAUCUGAUCAACCGUCUAAUUCCUCACCAAGCUGUCAGCCCGUCAAUACGAAAGCUGACGCCCCGCAUGAUUCUUCCACUACAUCUGACUUGACCGAAAAUGCCUUACCACUAGCACUCCCAGCCCCUGCUAUACAAUCGUCCGGUGAUGAUCCGUCUCCCACCCCAGCUUCCCGGCAAGACACUUACACAGGACAAAUGAGCUCUGUCCUAUCCACCCAAAUCGGCAAUCUCUUCUCCAUUGCCGCUGACAAGAUUGGCCAUGCCAUGGAUCUGAACGGCCUCGACUUUUUUGAUGUCGUCGCAACUGGCACCCAGCACGGCAGUGGUCAGGGUCGCUCUUUAUUUGCUGAUGCAUCUUCUUUGCGCCAAGAAGACACUCUAGCGACACCGCUAUCCUAUUAUCGAAAGGACGAUGUAGCCGCACAACAUCCGGAGGGUCGACCAAGCCAGUCGCUGAUACAGCGAUUGACAGCUACUUACACCCGAGGGCAUGUUUUUGCAGUGGAUGAGUACGGCGUCUUCCAACAUGGGGGCGAAGACGCACAAGACUCAAGCAAAACCUCGACUUCCGAGGACAAUAAUUGGAGCGAUUUCUUCAAAUAUAUACCCAAGGCUCGAUACGUCAUGUUUAUACCUCUAUGGCAUUACCAAAGAGAAUCCUGCUACGCCACUUGUAUAGCUUGGGUAUCCGACACUGGAAAGACUCUAGACACUGGUGAUCUCAACUCGUUGGUAGCUUUUGGCAACUCACUCAUGGCCGAAAUAUUCCGCCUGGAGGCUUCAGCCAAUACUCAGUCCAAGUCAGACUUUGUUUCUUCUAUUAGUCAUGAGCUGCGAAGUCCGCUGCACGGUAUUCUGGCCAGUAUCGAGCUCAUACAGGAAAACACACACAAGGAUUCCGAACUGCUCCCAGAAAUCACCAUGAUUGAGUCAUGCGCCUCUACCUUACUAGAUACUUUCGACCAUCUUUUGGAAUACUCCAAGGUCAACAGCCGCGCUGGUGCUGCACAAAGAGGCGGAAUGGUAUCUAAGCAUUCUGCUACCAACGCUCGUCCGAGCUCUGUGCCUGUCGACUUGGUUUCCAUGGUCGAGGAAGUUCUUGAGACUGUCUCGCUGGGCCAUGAUUACGCUUCACGAAUCGUAUCCGGACUCGAACAAGAGCGGCAGCGCGGGCUGGACCCGCCGUCUGAAACGGUGUCACUCGAGCCUAUUGUCGUUACUACACACGUCGAAAAGGGCCGGGACUGGGUGUUGCCUAUUGAACAAGGUGCUUGGAAGCGCAUCUUACUUAACGUCAUCAGCAACGCAUUGAAGUACACCAAAAAAGGCUACAUCGAUGUGAGGUUGGCAUACCUUGAGGCUGUAGACGGCGGCCUGCCGCACAUAUCAUUGAUUGUGACUGACACAGGAGUUGGUAUGAGCGAGCAGUUUCUCAAAUAUCACCUAUUCACACCCUUUACACAAGAAGACGUUUUGAGUCCAGGCACUGGCCUAGGCUUAAGUUUAGUCAAGAGUAUUGUGGAAUCGCUCCAAGGCAAGAUCCUUGUCGAAAGCACUCUGGGCAAGGGAACCCGUAUCACAAUCGAAAUCCCGACCAGCCGAAGGCCCCUGAAAAAUAGUCGUCCAGGAGCCGAAAACGAUUCCAUCCCCCUGGACAUAUUGCGGGGGAAGACUGUCGGCCUCCUUAGUCUAUCUCGACACAGAUCAACAAAUGAAGGCUUUAGUACACGUGUAGUGUCUCCUCCAGAGGUUCUGGAGCAUUCAAUCCGCAACAUUUGCGAGGAUCGAUUUGGGAUGAAGUUUACAAAUUCAUUGGCGGACGCGUCCUCAACAGAUGUAUUACUCAUCGAUGCGCAUACGCUUGGUACGUUACCAACGCCCGACUUUGAAACAUUGUUGACUGGAUAUACAUCCAAGGAUGCCCCGCAGGUAGUGGUAGUGCUGGAUAGUUUCAGUAAGAUUGUAGCACACAAGGUUGGCUUCCGGAAAGCUACGCACAUGACGAUAUUAGUCACUGGGAAGUCGCUACGGGCACUGCUCGUUUCCGCGCUAGAUGAGGCAAACGAGAAGAAACUAUCGCUAUCGUCGCCAUCACCGGCACCCUUGGCGCUCGAAAAUGGCACAGAAAAAGAGAACACCUCGCCAACCGCAAUCCCAGAAAACAACAAUAACAACACCGAAGCGGCGACCCCAAUCCUUAAACUCCAACAAGAAACCGUCCUCGCAAUCCGAACCCGUCCUCCCCAACCAACCCAAUCACAGCACACCUCGACGAUACAAACCCUUCGCCUACCCCCCUCACAGCCACCACCCCCAAACUGCCGCUUCCACAACCUUCUCCUCGUAGACGACAACCUCAUCAACCUCAAAAUGCUCUCGGCCUUUGCAAAGCGCCUCAACGUCCGCUACUCCAGCGCCACAAACGGUGCCGAAGCAGUCCAGCUGUACCAAUCUGCUGCCGGUAGCCGCGACGCUUUUGACUGCGUUUUCAUGGACAUUAGUAUGCCGGUCAUGGAUGGAUUUCAGGCUGUGGUUAAUAUUCGAAAGGUCGAGGAUGAGGUGGCUAGACGGGUGGGCGGAGUAAAUGGGGAUGAGAAUACAAAUGAGGGUAUUGACCAUGGGGAGGAGAGGAGAAGACCUUUCAGAGCGUUUGUUUUUGCGCUGACGGGCUUGGGUAGUGAUAAGGCGAGGAGAGAGGCGAGUGUUUGUGGGUUUGAUGAGUUUUUACUUAAGCCGGUGAGGUUUAAGGAUGUUAUGCCGCUGUUGGGGCCGUUGGAAGAUAAAUGA